AUGUGGUGGUCAAAGUCCCAUUUCAAGCCCGCUGGCAAGUUCGCCUUAGUUGUGGGCGGUUCCCAAGGAAUUGGUGCAGACAUCGCCUUCAGGCUUUACGAGAAAGGCUGCUCUGUGCUAUUGGUUGCAAGAACCAAAGCUAAGCUCGAGAAGCAAGCAGAGAAUAUAAUAAAGAACGCUGACAAAUCCAGUGACCACGGCUUGAAGCCCACUUGUAAUUAUUUGGCGUGUGACGUGAGUGACUACGAGGCUACUGCUGAGUUGUGGAGAACUAUAAUCGAGGAUAAGGGCGUCGACCCUGACUUCAUCUUCUGCUGCGCUGGAUCUUCGGUGCCCAAGCUCUUUUCGGAACUAAGCGGCCAGGAACUUGCUCAGGGGAUGAAGGUGAACUACUAUUCAGCAGUCAAUGUGGUUCAUUGCGGGCACAAGGCCACAAUUAACAAGGAGAAGAAACACAGACAUAUUGUGCUUUUUUCUUCCACCGUAGCUUCUUAUCCGUUCAUUGGGUAUGGUCAGUAUGCUCCAACUAAAGCUGCUAUUCUGAGCCUUCUGAUAAUACUAAGACAGGAAUUGGCCCACUAUGGGUACAGAGUAAGCUGUGUGUUUCCUGGAAGUUUUGCUAGUGAGGGCUACGAGGAGGAAGAGAAAACAAAGCCAAAGAUCACCAAGGAGAUUGAGGGCGCCAGUCCGGCCAUUCCUUCCAUUGAGUGUUGCGACUACGUUCUUGAUCAGUUGGCCAAGGGCUACGAUGCCGUGUAUACGGAUUUCAUAGGCUGGCUUUUGGGAUGUAUGGCCUUGAGCGUGCAACCACGCACGUGGAGCUUCUUCCAGGUGAUUGUGGCAUUCUUUCUCCUGGCUUUUGCACCGCUCCUCAAUUUUUUCAUCAAUCGGGACGUGAAGAAGUUCUUUAAAGAAAGAGAUGCAAACAAACAGAGGACAACUGAGAGUGAUCAACAAUCAAAUGAAUAG